GGCUCAUACUGAGGCCUUCAUAGCCUCGGCUGGAGCAGGAUGUCGGAAGCAGCUGACAUCGCAUCUCCCGAGGACUCAUGGAGCAAAUCUGACACUUCUUUCAGUGAUAAUGUGGACACAGGACAUAUCAUGGAACGAAAAGGGAGCAUAGUGUCCAGAGCAAACAGCAUUGGCUCCACCAGUGCCUCUUCUGUUCCCAAUACAGCCCGCUGCAUAAUGGACAAUACUUGUUCCCCAUCAUCAGAUGACGAGGACAGUGAUUAUCGCCAGGAAAGCAUCAAGGAUGCCUACAAAGACAGACGGAGGAGGGCACAUACACAGGCUGAGCAGAAAAGAAGGGAUGCUAUUAAAAAAGGCUAUGAUGACUUACAGACUAUAGUGCCUACAUGUCAGUCACAGGACUGCUCCAUAGGCUCCCAGAAGCUCAGCAAGGCUGUUGUUCUGCAGAAGACCAUUGAUUAUAUCCAGUUCCUUCACAAAGAGAAAAAAAAACACGAGGAGGAAGUAUCUACUUUGCGCAAAGAGGUCAUGGCCUUGAAGAUUAUGAAAUCCAAUUAUGAGCAGAUUGUAAAAGCUCAUCAGAACAAUCCUCACGAAGGGACAGACCAAGUGCCAGACCAGGUGAAGUUCAGCGUAUUUCAAGGCGUCAUGGACUCGUUGUUUCAGACCUUCAAUGCCUCAAUCUCUGUGAACAGUUUUCAGGAGUUGUCAGCGUGUGUCUUCAGCUGGAUUGAGGAGCACUGUAAACCUCAGACUCUCCAUGAGAUUGUACGACAUGUUCUGCACCAGUUGAAGAAUCCACUUUACUGAGACAAAACGUCUGG